UGAAGAUCCUUUUGAUUCGUCUCAUCUCUCUCUUGGUCAAUCCGUCGACCCUUCAACACAAACACUUCAAUUCUGAUAUUUCAAAGCCUAAAUCCUCUGUUUCUCAUCUCCCCUGUUUCCUAUCCUUUGCCUUUUAAACUCUCUUUUGCUACCCAUAUUCAAUUCCAUAGCCAAUUUUAUUCUAACCCAUUUGAUCAAUUGCAUUGUCAUAGAUAACAAAAACAUCAAUAUGAUUUGCUCUGUAAAGCAAUCAACGAGCUUUUUCAGAUGCUCUGCUUUGAUACCCAGAAAAAGUUUAGCCUCAGAGCCUCAAAACUUGUCACUACCCUCAAUUUCACAAGCAAAACAAGUCUUUAGAACCAAUGUCUCUACUCAGAAGCCUCUGUUUAUAUCAUCUAUUGAAGGGUUUGGACCUUCAUUGAGAACCCAAAAGGCUUUGAUUGAAUGCAAAGCAUACGAAGCUGAUCGGUCUCAGCCUCUUAACAUCGAUUUACCUGACGAACAGGUGAGAUCAGAGGCUGCCCAGAAGCUCAAAAUCAGUGUGUAUUUCGCAACUUGGUGGGCAUUGAAUGUGGUUUUCAAUAUAUACAACAAGAAAGUUCUCAAUGCGUUUCCUUAUCCUUGGCUCACAUCCACACUCUCUCUUGCAAUGGGUUCGUUGAUUAUGCUGAUUUCGUGGGCUACAAGGAUUGUUGAGGCUCCAAAGACUGAUCCUGAGUUUUGGAAGAGUUUGUUUCCGGUUGCUGUGGCGCAUACAAUUGGGCAUGUAGCUGCAACUGUGAGUAUGUCAAAGGUUGCUGUUUCAUUCACACACAUCAUCAAGAGUGGUGAGCCUGCUUUCAGUGUGUUGGUGUCAAGGUUUUUGCUCGGCGAAUCGUUUCCGGCAACGGUUUACUUGUCACUUGUGCCAAUCAUUGGUGGUUGUGCUCUUUCUGCUGCCACAGAGCUCAAUUUCAACAUGACUGGGUUUAUGGGGGCUAUGAUAUCGAAUUUGGCAUUUGUGUUCCGUAAUAUAUUCUCGAAGAGAGGAAUGAAGGGGAAGGCUGUAAGUGGGAUGAAUUACUACGCAUGUUUGUCGAUAAUGUCUCUAUUGAUCCUCACACCUUUUGCAAUUGCUGUGGAGGGCCCUCAAAUGUGGGCAGCUGGCUGGCAGACUGCUCUCUCUCAAAUUGGACCUAAUUUCAUUUGGUGGGUGGUGGCCCAGAGCGUCUUCUACCACUUGUAUAAUCAGGUUUCGUACAUGUCUUUGGAUCAGAUCUCUCCCUUGACAUUUAGCAUAGGAAACACAAUGAAGCGGAUAUCUGUCAUAGUCUCUUCCAUCAUCAUCUUCAGCACGCCGGUUCAACCCAUCAAUGCGCUUGGAGCUGCGAUCGCAAUCCUUGGAACCUUCCUCUAUUCGCAGGCAAAGCAGUGAGGAAGCCGAAUUUCCAGAUUUAUCAUGCGAGAUAAGGAACAAGAUGCAAAUAAGAUUGGCUUGGCUUGGCAAAGGAGUUAGUAACCACCGAUUUGACAGUCAUGAGGUGUUACAUUGGUUAGGAAUAUUUUACAGUAAUUCUCUUUUGGGAUCCUCAUAAUAAUGUUUAACAUAGGUGGGUAGGUAGAAUAUGGUAUCUGAAUCCUAUGUUUUAGGGUUUAUUUAUUUAUUUAUUUAUUUGAGAGAAUGAUUUGUAGUUAGUAAGAACAAAAUUUUAUACCAGUAUGAUUGAGGCAACAUAGUGAUACUAUGCUUCACAUAGUUGAAGUUCAAUUAUGAUUUUGAAUGA